UGCUGCGCUGCAGCCCUCAGUAGCCGUUGACGGCUCUAGUAGUAGAGACGGACCGAAACCAUUCUUCUAUAUAGUAUUUUUAUUUUCCCUUUUUUCAUUUAUUUUGUGGAAAAAAGGAAAAAGGAGUACAAGUAAGCUACACAUCCGUCUACAGUAUUCUCUAUCUGCAACGGUAGCCUUGUUUUAUUUGGCUAGGCGAAGCUGUCCGGAUUUGGCUUGUAUUUAGACUUGGGCUGCUUUUCUGCCAGCUAGCUAACCUAGCUGAACAACAACAACGUGAGCUUUAGCCGAUACAUAAAAAUAGCUGGCUGUAAACUAAUCUUGUUGAGUUAUUAAUCAUAAUACCACAGCAAUACAACCUCGAGACGAGUCGGAACAAGACCAGUCUCAGGGCUCACCAUACUCAAUGAGCGUACAGCGCAAUGUCAGAGCGCUCUGGGCAAACAGCAAAGGGGAAGGAUGGCAAAACCAAGUAUGCGUCUCUCAACCUGUUUGAUACUUACAAAGGAAAGAGCCUUGAAGCACAGAAGCCUGUUGUUACCCCUCGUCAUGGCUUGCAGUCUCUUGGUAAAGUUGCCUCUGCACGGCGCAUGCCCCCCCCAGCCAACCUGCCCAGUCUGAAGGCGGAGAACAAAGGCAACGACCCCAACGUCUCGCUCGUUCCCAAAGACGGCACAGGAUGGGCAAGCAAGCAGGAUCCAGCAGACCCAAAGAGUACCGAUGUAUCGUCAGCACCGCAGCCGGAGUCGCAGCCGCCUGCGGCUUCACAGACGCCUGCGCCGAGCCUGCCGAGAACACCUCCAGCUCAAGAGGCCCAAACUACAGCUCUAGCCGCAGGGACAAGGUCCUGGGCUCAGGCCAGUGUUACACAUGGAGCACAAGGAGAUGGUGGAAAGGGAUCAAACCAACCGUCGCCAUUCUCUCGCGAGGAAUUUCCCACCCUGCAGGCGGCGGGAGACCCGGACAAAGCUGGCAAAGAACAGGCCACUGCAGAUCAGUGGUAUGGGCCAGGACCAAGCCUCCGCCCCCAGAAUGUGACGAGUUGGCGGGAUGGUGGGGGCCGUGCAUUGGCACCCACCAUACCUGGGGAGGGGGUAGUGGAGGGCGGUACUGGGGGUGCAAUGACACUGGAGGGUGCUGCUGGGGCCCCUCCCCUCCAGCAGAAUCCGCCCUCCCUUGGGCCGCCUAGAAACCCUCCUGCCGGCAGCCCCACCCUUCCUCUCCCCCAGCCUCCUGUUGGCCCGCAGUUCCCUGCUUACAGAGGAAUCAUGCCUCCUUUUAUGUACCCACCUUAUCUGCCCUUCCCGCCCCCUUAUGGUCCACAGGGGCCUUACAGGUUUCCACCACCCAAUGAGGCUGCUAGAUUCCCUCGUUCGCAGGGCGUUGCUGGACCGGAUGGGAGGCCCCCAACUGGUCCCCGUGGUGAGGUGGUCAGACGCCCCUCCAUCCUCAAACAGGAUGACCUCAAGGAGCUGGACGAGUUAGAUCAUGAUGGAGAUGAAGGGUGGGCCGGGGCACAAGAGGAGAUUGACUACUCCGCCAAGUUGAAGUUCAGCGAUGAUGAAGGAGAUGAUGAAGGGGAGGAGGACAAGACUGAAGGCCAGAAUGGAAUUCGGGAGCAGCAGAAGUCCCAAGACGGACCUGCCACAGGUUUACGUUCUCAAACGUCUGACAGCGGAGGGGAGAUGCGGCACACCCCUCCUUCCAGUAGCGAUGACGCCUCACCAGCACCCUCCAGCAAGCCAAGUUGGGCCGAGGAGGGAGGAAGUGGCUGGGGUGCUCAGACAAGCACUGGACCCUAUCAGGAUCGGCCCCCAAACCAGGUGACCUCCCAAAAGCCACCUCAGGCUCAGCCAGGUGGUCCUGCCCCUCCAGCCUCAAGCGUCUUGCUUCCCCAGCAGCAGGGUGAAGAUGAGGACGAGACAUGGCGCCAGCGGAGGAAGCAGUCGUCCUCAGAGAUCUCUGCUGCGGUGGAGCGAGCCCGACGUCGUCGCGAGGAGGAAGAACGUAGGAUGGAAGAAGAGAGGCGUGCUGCAUGUGCUGAGAAGCUAAAGAGGCUGGAUGAGAAACAGCAGCAGCAGAAGCAACAGCAACUUCAGCAGCAGCAGAGCGUCAAGCCCAGUGCUGCUGGGGACGUUCCUACAACCAGUCCCAGCCCGUCCCUUCCGACAUCAGUGUCCUCCUCCAGUGCCAGUCAGCCCCCAUCACCCUGCGUGGACAUAGAGGAGCCUCCUCUUGCAUCCGCUCAGGCGGGUGUCACUACAUUGGGGCUAAGUGCUAAUGCUAAUAACAGGCAAAGGGCUGGCAGCAACAGCAGCUAUGACUCAAACACUGAGUCCCCACAAGUUGCUCAGCCUCUCGCCCCUCAGCAUCAGCAGCCUCUUGAAGUCCCAGGACAAGGGGAAAGCAAAGAGGAGCCCAUAGCAAGUGGUGCACACAUCCGCAGCAGCAGAAGUGGAGAUGAAUCUGUGAAGACAGAAGCGGUGUCAGGAGGAGCAGGACGGCAAGGGGGUGGAAUGCCUAGCCAGGGCUUUUCCAAAUACCAGAAGUCUCUGCCACCUCGCUUUCAGAGACAACAACAGGAACAGCUCCUCAAACAGCAGCAGCAGUGGCAGCAGCAGCAACAGCACAACCAGGCAGCCCAAGCCCAGCUCCAGUCCCAGCCGACUCAGCAGGGCCCCUCUCCUGGUGCCACACCACAGUCGGGCCCUAAACAGCCUGCCCUUUACCCACCUGGCUCCAUGGGACGACCUCCUCCUCUGCCCAUGAAUUUCGACCCUCGUUGGAUGAUGAUGCCAUACAUGGAUCCUCGCAUGAUGCAGGGUCGUCCCCCUCCCAUGGAUUACUACCCUGCCAGCAUGCAUCCCUCUGGACUGAUGAGUCGGGAGCGCUCUGAUUCAGGUGGCUCUGGUUCAGACCCCUUCGAUAGGCAACAGCAUGGAGGUCCUCCUCAUCCUCAUCGUGGUACACCCCCCAUGGAUCCUAAACUGGCCUGGGGACCAGAUGUUUUUCCAGGGGCUAGUGAGGGUCGGGCUUUGAGUUCUCCCUUAAGGCAGAAACAGACUCUGGAGGAGGAAGACAUUGGUAAAGGCCCAAGGUCUGACACUCCUCCAGUGCGCAUGCGAGAAGGUGGUACGGGCCCCAUUCAGCCACCCGGUGUGGCACCUAAUUCUCCUUCAGGAUCCUCUGAUCAAAAUACAGCACCUAUGGGGACUCAAGUUGGUUGCCAGGGAGGCAGCCAUCACCAGCCCUUCUUAGCAGGGCGAGGAAACUACAGCACCUUUGCUGACAAUGGAUCCAGGAUGGCCACUCACCCACAGCAAAGGGGGAGCAGUGCUGGAGAGCUUCGUGGCUUUGGCCAUCAGGAUGAAGGUCCACAGGGCAGCCAGCAGAGUCAAAUCUGGGGGGCCCCACAUGCCCACUUUGACCGCAACGGUCGUGCAGAUCUCUCUUCCUUGGAGAACAACCCCCAUUUGCAGCACCAUCACGCUCAUCACUCUCAUCCCUCUCAUUUCUCUCUUCAUCCACACAAACAGGAAAAUGGCAGAGAGCAGGAGAGAGGAGGAGAGCCCAAAAAGAGCGAAACCUCACCUCCACUCCACCAGCCGUCCCUGUCCUCCUCCUGCUCCUCCUCUUCCUCCUCCUGUUCAGCAAGAGAGGACAGCAGUGGAAAGCAGUCACUACAUCACCCACAUCCUCAUCACGAGCAUGACACUGGACAUGGAAAUGUUGGUGGCCGGAAACAGGACAAAACGGGAGGCGCAUAUUCUCACACGCAGUCCUCCCAGCAUACAGUGCAGCAGCACCACUCCAAAGCUAAUUCACGUGGUCGGGAGCAAAAGACUGAAACACAGUGGGGUCCAAGGCCGGGAAGCAGCAAUGUGAGUGGUGGACCUGCACAUAUCAGAAAGGCAGGUUCUGGACACACAGGAGGAGAAGACUCCAGUAAUCAGAUUGAUAAGCCUGUUGUCCAGUCAGGAGGUGGUAACCCAAACAAGCGGGCAGGUCCUAUUAAGCGGCCUGUGCUGAAGGAAAUGAAGAGGGAGGGCGGUGAAGGUGAAGGAGGAGAGAAAGUCACCGGAGGCUCUGGUAAAGAUAAAGAACAAGAUGCAGGUCAGGCAUCGGUCAAGCAAGAAUUAACCUCUGGUCCUCAGUCCUCAUCUGGACCCUCUGGGAAAGAUGAACCCCCACCAUCUGGAAAACCAAGAAAUGGUGGAAAAGAUCGAGGUGCAGGUGGGGGACCUAGUAAAGGACCCAAAGAAGGGGACAACUUUGUCCAGGCCUCUGGCUGUCCACCUCCACUGUCUAGAAGGGACAGGGAGCGUUCUUAUGAAACAAGUGGUAGUGGAGGAGGUCCUGCUUGCCAUGCGGGCUCUUCACGAGGCAACCGAGCAAACCGUGGAAGAGGAGAGUUUUAUGGUCGGGGCAGAGGCUACAGGGGCACUUACACGGGCAGCGCACGUGGCAGAGCAGGGGGUAGAAACAGUCGAGACUACAGGUCAGCUGCCAACAGUGGCUAUCAGCAUGGCUCCUCCAACCAAGAUUACAAGAGAGAAGUAUCGUCUGGCAGACAUGGGCAGGGAGGCUCUCAGCCUAAUCCUGGACGUGCCAGAAACCACAGUGAGACACGAAGUGAGGGAUCAGAAUAUGAGGAGGUGCCGAAAAGGAGGAGGCAGAGGGGCUCCGAAACAGGCAGCGAGAGCGCUGCUAGUGACCUCGCUCACUCUGACAAGGAGGAUCGCAAAGCAAACCCAAAGAAAGGAACAAUUGGCGAGAACCCAGCUAUGACCAAUUCAUCCAGCUCAGCCCCUCCUAGAAACACCCAAGCCAGAGUAUUCACGCCUAGGGGAGUGCCUUCUAGACGUGGCAGGGGUGGAGGUGGCGCUGGGGGAAGCGUUUACAGAAGCGCAGGCGGUGGAGGAGGAAUGUCUGGCGGACACCGUGCUGGGUCUGGUUCUUCUUCUCAAGGUUUGUCUGUCAAAUCCUCUGCAUCGGUCCGAAAGCAGCAUACACCCUCGCAACCCUCCCCACCAAAAGAAGCGAAUCGUGGACCUAACGGGGAAAAGAAGGAGAAGACCGCAGAGCAAGGCCAGGCUCAGAGCCAAGGCAUAAACUCUUCAGUACCCUCUGUUCCUUCUGUGCCCACAACUGCCCACCAGGGCACUGAAAAUGGAGGUCUGAUUCAGCUGUCCUCGGGCCACACCACAUCCAAUUCCACUGGUCCCACAACCAAACCAGUCCCUCUGCCUAACGCAGACGGGCGGAGUCUUCCGCACAGAGGUUUUGAGCGACCCCCUCGUCGCAGGCGCCACGGAAGGUCCCAGCAUCAGCAGGAUAAGCCUCCUAGAUUCCGUCGACUGAAGCAGGAGCGUGAGAAUGCAGCCCGUAUUAACGGAAGUAGUGGUAUCAUUGAAUCUGUAGGUGGGCAACAGCAGCGGUCCACUUCGCCACCCCAAAAUUCCAUGCAGGAAACGGAUGGCACCCCCAGUGUACCCACUACCGCCAGUGUUGUUGCAAAUGCAAACCACAGCGUCGCCGCUACCACCAAUAACAAUAACAACAUCGGCCACCUCGGGAGCGCGAAUCUGAACAGCCACCACCAUCACCACCAUCACUACCAUGGCAACUCUGGCCUGACCCACCCUCAGCACCACCAUAACCACAACCCAGCUGGCGGCGCCAAGUCUCCUGAUGUCUCCAACCAGAACUCUGACCAGGCCAACGAGGAGUGGGAGACUGCCUCAGAAAGCAGUGACUUCACAGAGUUUCGAGAGAGAGACGGCGGAGGAGGCGGCAAAUCCUACUCCUCCUAUCACCACCACCAUCCUUCGGGUAGAGGAGGCGGAGGAGGAGGAGGAGGAGGAGGAGGUGGUGAGAGAGAGAUGACUACUAAAGAAUCGGCUGCCAACAAGAGGAGCUUCUCCAGUCAGCGUCCUGGAAUGGAGAGGCAGAAUCGAAGGGUCAGUGCUGGUGGCGGUGGAGGUAGAGGCUCCAGAGGCCCGCCAGGCGGUGGUGGCGGGCCAGGAGGUGUAGGUGGUAAUGGUGGGGCCAACCGUGGCGAGAGGCGUGGCAACUGGCCCUCUCCCAAAAACAGGAAGUGAAUCUCCUCCCCUUUUAAUUUGGAAACAUUUCGAAAGCAUCCCUCUUUUUCUCUGCCCACUCAUCUCUCAGUUCUCCUCCCCUAACAUAACCUUAUUAUGAUUAAUAUUAUUAUUAUUAUUAUUGUACAAGAUAUAGUGAAGAUGGUGUACACACUCAUUCUAGCUCCCUUGGUUUAUUGCUUUGUCUCU